AAAAAAACAGCAGUCAAUGUUAAGCUGUUGUACGGGGAGGGUGUUGCAGCCGUUGUGAGACCCGAUUGAAGUGUUUUCAGUUAGAACCAUGUCUAACAGGACCGGAAGUUUUAAGAAUCCAUUCCAAAGGCCAUGGAUGUCGGAAAGUGGCGCAGCGGCUGCAGCUGGGGGCUCAGGAUCGGUGGGAAUGAAAGGAGUCGUUGCCGGCGGCAUCACUGGUGGCAUUGAAAUUUGUAUUACAUUCCCAACCGAAUACGUAAAAACACAACUGCAAUUAGACGAAAAAGGUGGUACCAAGAAGUAUACAGGCAUCGGAGACUGCGUAAAGAAGACCGUGCAGGGCCAUGGCUUCUUUGGCCUGUACAGGGGGCUCAGCGUGCUGCUGUACGGCUCCAUACCCAAGUCUGCCGUCAGAUUUGGCGUAUUCGAGCAAGCUAAACUAUACAUGGUGAACGACAACGGCACCCUCAGCAACACUGGGAAACUGUCAUGCGGGUUGGCUGCCGGCGUCGCCGAGGCCGUGUUCGCUGUGACCCCCAUGGAGACCGUGAAGGUCAAGUUCAUCAACGACAUGCGGAUGGAGAAGCCCAGGUUCAAGGGCUUCUUCCAUGGCGUGAGGACUAUUGUUAGGGAAGAAGGUGUUGGCGGAGUGUACAAGGGCGUGUCAGCGACAAUAAUGAAACAGGGCAGUAACCAAGCCAUCCGGUUUUUCGUGAUGGAGUCCCUACGAGACUGGUACAAGGGCGGCGACCGCGACAAGCACGUGCCUAAAUACAUCGUGGGGCUCUUCGGCGGUAUCGCCGGAGCCGCAUCCGUAUUCGGCAACACGCCCAUCGACGUCGUCAAAACCCGCAUGCAGGGCCUCGAGGCCUCCAAAUACCGCAGCACAUGGGACUGCUUCAUCAAGACCUGGAAGUCAGAAGGCCCCCUCGCCUUCUACAAGGGUACGGUGCCUCGCCUGAGCAGAGUGGUGUUCGAUGUAGCUAUCACGUUCACUAUCUAUGACAGUAUCAUGGAUAUGUUUAACUAUGUAUGGAAAUAAGGGGUUAUAGUGUGGGGAACGCUGGUAUAAGUUACAUCAAUGUACGUUAGCGACUCUAUAGGACUAAUUGAGUCUGGCUGUGUUCUGUAAUCAUCAGUUUAAUUGCAUAAGUAAAAGAUAAAUGAUAUUGUUAAGUAUAAUUUUAUUAAGAGAAAAUCAUAGCAGACAUAUAAUUGUAUCGUUGCUUUGAUAGUGAUGAAUUUUAAAUUCUAAUGAAAACUCAUUCAUUCAUUCAUUUCAUUGUUGUAACUUAUAAAAGUGGUACAGUACACGUUUUUAGUCUAAAGAGCUCAAUGCGAGACUAGUUAUUAUCCAAUGACGGCAAUGACUCAUAAGUUUGAUUUAAGCCUCUUAUAAACGGGUGGUAGUAGCUUGCACACUCGGUGUAGUUGAUAUAUUUAUGGAAAGUAAGGCUUACUGAGCGACGGGUCUUUUGACUACUUAAAUAAUAAAUAUAAUAAUUGUUGGGACAAAUAUGACAAGACUUAUCCCAAAACAAAACCACGUUUUGUAAUGUUUAAUAUCAUACAGAUAUUUCUCAUGACAAUUUUUAUUAUUAUUUUGGAUUGCUUGUGACAAAAGAGCGUUGGGAAUUGAUGAAUCGUUGUAGGAUAUCGCACUAGUGCCUUCGGCGGUAUUUUAGCUGGCCGCCCGUUUAUAACUUAGAAAAUCACUGUCACAUUUGAAGAUGACAUCGUUAUCGAAUAUGCUAAACAGAUAGCUAAAUGUGGUAAAUGAUAAGUUGCAACCUGUGUAUUGUAGUGAAAAAUACAAUAUUAAUUAUCUUUUUUAUCUUCCGAAUGGAAAAUCUGCCAGCCAUAACGACUAAGUAUAACUUGUCAAUUUGUUUUUUUAACAAUAAAUUCCUUUGAUAUUGUAGUUUUUACUAUAUUUUAUGACAAAACAUGAAGUUAUUAGUCAUUAUCUUCGUAGUUGUACAAAUGUUCAUACGCUUGACAGAUGUAGGUGAAAAGUGCGUAAGUAAGUGUUAUUUUUUUAUAAAAUCAUCGAAAAUAUAUUUUUUUAGGUGUACAGAUGUAAACAGUUUAUGGUGUUGACCGUAUUUAUUAUUACUCAUGACUUUCAGCAGGGUUUCUUGUUUCAUGUAUUUUUUGUUGUUUCUUUGUUUUAUUACGUGGUAGGUUUAUUACAAUGAAAUGUAUUUUGUAUUUUAUGAGAUAUUUUUUUAAAUUUUAUGCAGAAUGAUGGCAUAUGAUAAUUUUUGUUUAAAACAAAAUGAUAUACAUUUGCAGAAUGUACCCGAAUAUGUAUGUAUUGUGAUGUUUUUGUAACGACAGGUUUUUUAUAUAUUUUUUAAACGGAGCAGUUUCCUGAGAUAAAUAGUUAUAGGUAAGUACAAAUGAUGAAUUCAACGACUAUAUAACGAUACUACAAUCGUUUAGUAUUUAAACUAUUUAUUAUUACCAAUGCAUUUCUUUUUGUACUCUUUCAUUUUUGAUCCUUUAAGACCUCUAGAGCAAGAAAUUUACGAACCUUUUUAUCUGAAUAUCUAUUGGUAACUCGAGAGGUCUUAUUCGGACAUUCCAUUGAUAUCUGCUUUUAAUUGCAAUUGAUUAUAUUAUAUUAUUGUUUUCAUAAUGUUGACAUGUUGCUAUUUAUAUUUAUUUAUUUUCGUUUUUAUGAAAUAAAAAUUGUGAAAUUAAACAA